GUCACUGUUUUCAACUCUGACCUCGAGCUGUGCACGCUGAGGAAAAGAGCCCCUGUGAAGCAACGUGAUAUCAAAUAUGUAUUAAAUAAAGCAUGAGCAGAGCGUAAUUGUUCCUUGUUUGGUUCCUCUUGGAUUUGUAAAUUUGACGUCCGUACGCAUCUAAAGGAUGGGAAAGGUACCAAAGAAGAGGAACCUUGCUGACAAGGUCCGCAAAACCAAGACGAGCACUGAAAUAAAAAACAACCCUUUUGAGGUGAAAAUCAACCGAAAGAAAUUCGAUAUUCUGGGGAGAAAAACUAAACAUGAUGUGGGUCUCCCAGGGGUAUCUCGGUCCAAAGCCAUCAAUAAGAGGAAAGAAACCCUUCUGAAGGAAUACAAAUUGAAGAACAAGUCCAACAAAUUUGUUGACAGACGUUUUGGAGAAUAUGACAACAAGAUGGCACCAGAAGACAAAAUCCUACAGAGGUUUGCCAUGGAGAGACAGCGUGUUCAUGAAAAGAAAGAUGUAUACAACCUGAACGAAGAAGAAGAGCUGACUCAUUAUGGCCAGUCAUUGGCUGAAAUGGAGAAAUUUAAUGACAUUGUGAAUAGUGACGAUGAAUCAGAGGAGAAAGGGCUCUUAUCAGCUGAGCUGACUGCCUCACACUUUGGAGGAGGAGGGGGGCUCCUCAGGAAGAAAGCAUCAGGGGGGCAGCAGCAGGAUGAGGAGGCAGGAAGCCAGAGGCCCAAGACCAGACAGGAGCUCAUUGAAGAGCUUAUCCAGAAGUCCAAACAGGAAAAGAGGGAGCGACAGGUGCAGAAGGAGGAGGCCCAGGAGCUGACUGAGAAGCUGGAUCAGGAGUGGAAGAGCAUUCAGGCUCUGAUGGUGAAAAAAACCCCUAAAGCUGAGCAUGUGGACAAGCCGGAGGAGAAACCCAAACUGGAAGAAUAUGACAUGAUGGUCCGCGAGCUCGGCUUCGACAUGAAGGCUCAGCCUUCGGAGAAGAUGAAGACUGCAGAGGAGCUGGCCAGAGAGGAGAACGAGAAGCUGCAGAAACUAGAGGCUGACCGUCUGAGGAGGAUGAAGGGAGAUGAAGGCGGGACCGGCACUCAGAGUCAAAUCCACAUAUCUGCCGAUGACCUCAACGAUGGCUUCGUCCUGGAUAAGCAUGACAAGAAGACUCUGGCCUAUCAGGAUGGAAAGUGGAACAUUGGGGAGGAACCAGAGGAAGACAAGGAGAAAGAUGGAGAGGAAGUAGAAAGUGAUGAGGAAGAUGGAGAGGAAGAGAGCGGUGAAGAAGAUGAAGAGGAGGAAAAUGAGGAUGGAGAGGAAGAUAAUGAAGAGGAGGAGGAGGAGGGCAGCGAUGAAGAGGAAGAAGAUGGCCACUCAGAUCUGGACUCUGAGCAAGAAAGCGACAAUGAGGGAAAAAAACAGGAGGAUGAAGAGACCGGUACCAAACCGAAGAAAAGUCUCUCUAAAGAGGAGAUGAAGGCCCAGCAGGAGGCAGCCAAAGCAGAGCUCCCGUACACAUUUGCUGCCCCUGAGAGCUACAGCGACCUGGCAGAUUUGCUCCGUGGUCACACCCCUGACAACCAGCGCCUCAUCGUGGCCAGGACUCAGAAGUGCAACCAUCCUGGUUUAGCUGUUGGCAAUAAGCUCAAACUGCAGAAACUGUUUGGUUUUCUCUUGGAGUACAUCGGAGAGCUGGCCACCAGGAGUCCACCUGAACUCACCACUAUAGAUAAGCUCAUCCCGGAGUUGUAUGCGCUGUGCCAGAUGUUUCCAGAAGCAGCCUGUCAGACCAUGCAGAGCAUCCUCAGAGAUGCUGCCCACAGCACGGAGGAGGUGCUUGAGGUCAAAGGUCAUGCUGCUUUACCUACACUAGACAUGCUUAUUUACCUGAAGGUGACAGCGCUGCUAUUUCCCACCUCAGACUUCAGACACCCAGUUACAACUCCAGCGCUGCUUUACAUCAGCCAGGCUCUCACCAGGUGUCCAAUAAGAUCAUUGAGUGAUCUAACAUCAGGGUUAAUGCUGUGCUGCCUGGCAGUGGAGUAUGUCUCAUUUUCGAAGCGUUUCCUGCCUGAGCUCAUCAACUUCCUGACUGGAACUCUACACCUGGCUGUGGGGGAUAAGUCUUUGCUCGGUUACAAAGUGGUGCCACCUUUCAGACCAACAGGGAAGUACAGUGAUCUGCUGGUGGUGUCGGCCUCAGAGUCCUGCAAGACUUGGAGCAAGAACUGCCUGCCUCUGUCUGCUACCCAACAUCUGGAACUCAGAACCGACCUGGAGAGAGAUCACCACAGGUGGACGUGUUUGUCUACUGGUCUGGACCUGGUGGAGAGAUGCUGCCAGCUCUAUAAAGACCUUACUUCCUUCACACACAUCUUUCAGCCAAUCAGAACAGUUCUUUCCAAGCACCUUUCCUCCCAAACUUUACCAGAAUCUUUGCAGGAACUUCACAGUAACAUCUUAACAGCCAUCAGCAGGUCUCCUGUGUUUCACAGUCGGCUGGUUUUUGAAAAGAAAAAACCCAUUCCUCUCAAGCUGCUCACACCCAAGAUUGUUGAAGUCUUGGAUUAUGGAAAGAAGCAUGGCAGCACCAGAGAGGAGAGAGAGAAAGAGCGAUUGAAACACAAGUACAAGAAGGAGUUUAAGGGCGCGCUGAGGGAGAUCAGGAAAGAUUCGCGCUUCCUGGCCAGAGAGAAGCUAAACGAGACCAUGAAGAGGGAUGCGGAGAGAAAGAGGAAGGUCAAAGAGCUCUUUGGCAGCUUGGCCACUCAGGAGGGAGAGUGGAAAGCCCUCAAGAGGAAGAAGAAGAAGUAAAACCAGGAAACAAAGCCUCCACCUAUUCUCUUCAUCAUCUGUUGGUUUUCAUGCAGAUUUCUUCAACUGAGUCGUGAGAAACCUGCAAAAGUCUGAAAUCAAUGGAUGUGACAAUUUAUCAAUCGUAUCUUUUAUAUCUUUGCUGUUCAUCUUCUCAGUAAAACACAUUUUAUGCUAGUUGUGAAUUUGCUGUCAUGAUUGUACAUCAAGCUGUUGCAUAUUUUGACAUGUGCGCUUGAUGUGACGACUAGAUACUGUUAUUUGAAGUGCCUGUCAGCAGAGCAGCCAAUAUUUCCCAGAAGUCAUCAUAAUAAUGUGCAAAUACAGAAAGAACAAAUCUUUUUAUCUUCA